CUUGCUUCAUGAUCAGGCGUUACUUUUCAUUAAACAUUGGUUGACGUUUUGCGUAAGGUUAUAGUGUUUUAAUAAAACGAAAUAAAUAUGUUAAAUAUUCAAAUAAGUACUGCUUCUGGAAUAAAACAGAUUCUUACUGUUAAUACUCCUCUUAAAAUUUAUGAAUUACACGAGCGAAUUAAAGGAUUAACAGAAAACUUUUACAUCGUACAUAAUGGAAAACUCGUAGAUGAAAAUGUCACUUGCUAUGAUGGAUAUGUUUCUAUUAUACCGCGAUUGUUUGGAGGGAAAGGAGGCUUUGGUUCCAUGCUACGAGCGAUUGGAGCACAAAUUGAAAAAACUACGAAUCGCGAAGCUUGUAGAGAUUUAAGUGGACGUAGACUUCGUGAUAUUAAUGAAGAGAAAAGAUUAAAGGCUUGGAUCGAGAAACAAGGAAAACGAGAAGAAGAAGCGGCGGAACGUAAAAAGAAAAAAUUAGAAAGACUUUGCACCGAACCUAAACAUGAGUUUAAAGAUCAGAUCUACGAACGUGAAAGAUCAGUUCUUACAGAACGAGUUGGAGAUGCAGUUGAAGAAGGUUUUAAAAUUGCCACUUCUGGAAUAAAAAGAAAAUACCAGACAAAAGAUGAACCGAAUAAAAAGAAAAUUUUAUUAGAUCUUGAUAUUGAUUCAGAUGAAUUGGAUAAUUCUGAUGAAAAUGAUGAAGAUGAUAAAGAUUCAGAGGUAAAAAGUAAUAAAAAUAGUAAAUAGCAAAUUAAAUAUAACAACAUUUUAUAAAUUAACUAAUAAACUGUAAAGUUGCAUAAUUGUAAUUCAUAUGGUUAGAUUUUGUGAUCUGUUUAACAACUACGUGUAUAUUGCAUAGCAACCAUAUUUUAAGUUUAAUAACUAGGAGUUUAAUAACAUAUUCUUGUCAUUAUUCAUAAAUAAACAGAUGAAAUUAAAUCAUUUGUUAAUCAUAUGAAUGAAUCAAAUUCAUGAAUCAGGUGUAAUGAAAUCAAAAAAAUUAAGAAAAUAUAAAAUUGGUCAAUUUAAUUCCUACAAGACUUAUCUAGACCUUGAGCAUUUUAUAAUUUACAAGAAAUAUAUUUGAUUUUUAAAAUUAUAUUAAUUUUAUUUCAUAAUAUUUGUUAGAUAAAAUUCAUUCAACACUGAUCUUAUGUAUACAUCAAAAAACAUGAUAACUAUCAACAUGUGAUGCACAGGAUGUUGCAGAAGAAAACAUUGUGCAUCACAUAUGAAUAUGUAACUUUAAAAUAUAGGUGUAAAAUUAAUUCAUAUAUUUUAAAUGUUAUAUUGUACAAAUAUAAUCUUAAUACAUAUUUAAAAUAAAUGGAUAUGAAAUAAUUUUGUUGACAUUCUCCUUUACAGUACAUUAAAAUAUUCUCCAUGCAACUAAUUCAUUGGCAAGUUUUACACCUAUUGCAAAUAAAGCUACUGAUGUAAUAAAUGACUUUAAAAAUAUCUCUUUGUAUUUGUAAUGUUGCAGCCAUGUAUAAAGAUCUUUUGUGUAUUUCGAUCCAAUGAAAUAUAAAUAAUUAUCUUUGCUA